AUGGCUUCUAAUGGCACCGAGCGUUCUCACCCGGUCAACACCUCCUCUCCUUUUCUUCGACCUCCUCCAGACCCAGCAACGCCGUUGGGGGAAUAUCGGCUCCUUGGACCUCGUGCCGCUGUACUCGUGAGUCCAAUUCAACUUGGUGGCAUGAACUUUGGAGACGCAUGGGCUGCCAUUGCUGGACACACAACGAAACAAGACAUCUUCAAACUUCUCGAUGCUUACGUUGAGGCGGGAGGUAAUUGGCUAGACACAGCGAAUGUAUAUCAGAAUGAGCAAUCAGAGAAGUGGGUUGGGGAGUGGAUGAAGCUCAGGGGUAACCGAGAUCGGAUGGUCAUCGCCACGAAAUACUCUGCGCCUUACACCAAGUACAGAGAUGAACCCGGGGCACGAAUAAGUUAUCUUGGUAAUGGGAAGCGGUCACUGAAUCUGUCUGUACGUGAUAGCCUGCAGAAGCUGGGCACGGAUUGGAUCGAUAUUCUCUACCUCCAUUGGUGGGAUUGGACAGCAACAAUCGAGGAGGUGAUGAACAGUCUCCAUAUCCUCGUCGAGCAGGGCAAGGUCCUAUAUCUCGGUAUUAGCAAUACGCCGGCGUGGGUAGUGAGUGCAUGUAAUACUUACGCCCUUGACCACGGGAAGACGCCGUUCACAAUAUACCAGGGUCAAUGGAACGUUUUAGCCCGUGACCUAGAGCGCGAGAUUCUACCCAUGUGCCGACAAUUCGGAAUGGCCGUGGUACCGUAUGAUGCCGUUGGAGGAGGAAAGCUCCGGACCAAGACGCAGCUGAAUUGCGGCGACGCCCAGGCUGUUGGGAAGCAGAUAUCCGAGACUGAACUGAAAAUGUCUAAUGUGCUUGAAGAUGUAGCGAAGCAGCACGGUGUAGAGUCGGUGACAGCAGUGGCACUUGCUUGGCUUUUCCACAAGCAACCAUACGUCUUCCCUAUCGUCGGCACAAGGAACAUCAAUCACCUACUCGAUAAUGUCCAAGCACUCAAGCUCAAGCUCACAUCCGAGCAGAUGGCUAGUAUAGAGAGCGUCUCGAAUUUUGCUCCAUGCUACCCGGAGAGUGCGUUUGGCGAAGAUCCACAUGUCAAUGGCAAGGCUGCGAUCAUGACAGAAUCGGCGGCAAAGACCUCAUGGGUACAAUAUCCCAAAGCAAUUGGGCGUAUUUAA